AUCUGAGGAUAAUGACUGCAGAGAUCUUGGAUAAUACCAGUUAAAUCUGACCGGGUGCUUCUCCACCAUGACAGACAGGGGGAAUCUCACCUUUCAGUCUAUUGUACUUCUUAAUUCCGGUGUAGUGUACGUUUGCUGUUAGAUUAUUUUAUAUCGCGAAACAAGACUGGAAUACAGACAAAUGGUUACGCGUCGCCCUGGAUCAAGCUGUUGUUGCCAUACACAACUCAACUGCUCCACAAUGAGACUCUGGACUUUAAUUGUCAUUUUCCCGGUGAUGUGCGAGUCUUAUUUUCUUUUAACCGAAACGUCCCGAGGCAAAGAUCCAGCUGUGGAGAACAGCUGCUUCGGUCGAGCCUGCAACCCUCGCAUGGGCAACCUGUCCCCGGGCAGAGUGCUGAAGACCAGGUCCACCUGCGGCUCCAACUCCUCUGAACCUUUCUGCUUCUACAAACAGACCUCUGACCCCCGCGGGAGAGAGUCCUGCUCCCCGGCAAAAUGCACAAAGUGCAACUCCGCCAUCCCCGCCCAGGCGCACCCUCCCUCUGCCAUGAGCGACUCCUCGUUCCGCCACCCGGACACCUGGUGGCAGUCGGCAGAGGGGCUGGAGGAGGAGACGCUCCAGCUGGAUCUGGAGACCGAGUUCCUCUUCACCCAUCUCAUCGUGGUGUUCCGCUCCCCCCGCCCAGCUGCCAUGCUGCUGGAGCGCUCCCAGGACUACGGGCGCACAUGGAGGACCCUCAGGUACUACGCCCGGGACUGUGAGGAGGCGUUCGGCCUGGCAGAGGCGUCACCAGCCGGGGAGAGUGGGGCCACAUGCACCUCCAAGUACUCUGCAGCUUUUCCUUGUACCAGAGGAGAGGUGAUCUAUCGAGCCUUGUCUCCCUGGCAGUCAGUGGAUCCCUAUGGACCAUCUGCUCAGGACCAGCUCAUGAUCACCAACCUGAGGGUCCGCCUGCUGCAGCGCCAGCCGUGUCCCUGCCAGGCCAAACAUCCCGGUGCUGCUGCACUCCCCACCGACCACUACGCCAUUUAUGAUUUCAUUGUCAAGGGCAGCUGCCUCUGCAAUGGACACGCCGACCACUGCGUUCCAGCCGGGAGCUACCAAACCAGCCAGCAGAGGACGAGUAACAUGGUCCAUGGUAAGUGUGUGUGCCGACACAACACGGCCGGGGACCACUGUGAGCGCUGUGCACCUCUCCACAAUGAUCAGCCCUGGCAGGCGGCCAACGGCCUCGUAGGGACGCCACACGAGUGCCAGAGGUGCAAGUGUAACGGCCACGCCAGGAGCUGCCACUUCAGCCGUGUGUGGUGGCUGGCCACCGGACGGCAGAGCGGCGGCGUGUGUGACAGCUGCCGCCACAACACAGAGGGCCGCCACUGCCAGAACUGCAAGACGGGUUUCUACAGAGACCCCACCCGUCCAAAGACGGCCCCGGACUCCUGCAAACCCUGUUCCUGCCACCCUGUCGGCGCCGUCCUCUCGGGUGGGAGCCCUCUCUGCAACCCUACCAGCGGGGACUGCAAUUGCAAGCCUGGCAUCGGCGGCCCCCGCUGUGACAGUUGCAUGAUGGGAUACUGGGGGCUGCACGAAUACGGCUGCCGCCCAUGCGACUGCACGGGGGACUGUGACCCCUACACCGGUGACUGCGUUUCUGGCUCAGACGUGGAGGUCUUAUAUACAGUCACUGGCCACAUGGGACACAGCAGCAGUAAUAGUGAGACGGCACUCUUUAAGGCAGAGGAGCUUUUCUCUGCACUGCACCACUCUGAGAAAUGUGAAUGUGUUGAAGUAACGCUCGGCAGCCCCAAACUCUUCUGUGCCGCAGAGUACGACUAUGUGCUGGUUGUAAAGGUGAUGUCGGCUCAUGACAAAGGCUCCCACGCCGAGGUGGAGGUCAAAGUGAAGAAGAUCCUGUACCAGAGUCGUCAGAUGAAGAUCCAGAGGAAGAGCAUCACCCUCUACCCAGAGUCCUGGACCACCCACGGCUGCACAUGUCCCAUCCUCAACCCAGGAUCAGAGUACGUGGUGGCGGGACACGAGGACUGGAAGACCGGCCGACUGCUGGUCAACACCAAGAGCUUCGUUAAACCGUGGAAGUCGAGCCUGGGACGCAAAAUGCUCCACAUCCUCAGGAAAGACUGCGGCCGCCGAUAGAGCGUCGGCGAGGAGCAGACCGGAGACACGGACAGAGGGGACGGAGGGGAGCAGCUGAGACGUGCAGAAGAUUUACUGCAUAAGUAAUGGGCAAGACAAACACAGGAGAUGUCUUAAUUUUGCUUGGACACUAAAGUGAAAGUAAAAGUCACAACGACAGAACACUACAAUGCUGUGGAUGUUGCAGAAUGAAAUAAUAUGAAAUAAGUACAAAAUGGAUUCAGUACGAUAGUCUGCAGUCACUUGAGGAUCCAGGUGAACGCCUUCGUCCAGACAAAGCUGAUCCUAGAAUUUCCUUCUUAUUUUAUAAUGUGUCUCAGCUCAUCUGUCCACACUACUUAUACGGCAAUAACGAGUGCAUGUAAAAAUAUUCUGUUAAACUCUAUUUACUGGGCGAAGAAGCUGUCGGAGUUGAUGAGCCUAAACCAUCACGUCCUGCUGUAUCUAUUUCAUUGAGAGCUGUUUGGAAUCUUGCAAAGGUGCCCAGACUGAAUCCUCCCUGUCGACUCACACACGUUGGUGAUAAAUCACAGGUCAUCAUCAGAAUCUGUUUGUGUAUAUUUGUGUGAACGUGGACGUGCGUUCAUGCUCGGUGUCCUCGGCAGCGGCGGUGCAGGUCCAAACAAGUAUCUCCUGGAUGAAGAAAACAACAUUAGUGGAAUCAGGCGGUUUAAGCUGAGCAGCUCUGCGUUUCCCUGGCACACUCGCCCGCCUGCUGUCCGACAAGAGAGAGAACACACACCUCCGCGCCCUCUCUGCUCUCUGCGGCACAGAUGAGCGGCUGAAACGCUCGAUGAUUGAGUUUGCUCUUACAGCGGCUUCAGUUACAAGAGUGGAUCCUUGUCAGGCAGCUGGAGUCAGACUCUGUGGAUUCUGUGGAGGAUUCUCUGCUGUCCUCGAAAGACCUACUUCUCUGUGAGGAGGCCUCUCCUGACCUGACUCUGUGGGAGCCAGAGAGUACACUCUAUCCUUAACAUGUGUUCCUCUAUUCGGCCUGUGACUCUCGCUGCCCCCCAAAAUAAAUAUGUAUUAAAAGCCCCGGUGCUCGUUGACAUCACCCUGUAUCCGAUCCAGAGUCCACAGGCCAUUUUGAUUAGCUGGGUCUGGUUAAGAAUAGGCCCGCUCCGCUGUCUCCAAGGAGACUCCCAAAGUGCGUGAGGAGACAUGAUGCAUUCCUCAGUCAUAACAUCACCGCCGAUGUCCUUGUCCCAAAGACUUUACCAAAAUAAGAGAAAAUUAGCAGGAAAGGUUUUUUUCUCUUUAAGGACAAAGUGGUGAUUUAGGGUGCACGACGCAUCAAUGUGACAUUUCUUAUGCUAUUUCUGUGUGUCCUAUAGGUAUUUUUUGAUCAAAACUGCAUAAACUCUGUGUCGGUGAGCUCAUUCUUAA